GGUUUCCCCCCUCCCCUCACGGCGGAAGCCGACCUCGCCCGCCCCGGAAGUGCAAAGUGGUCUAGCAGGUGUGGAUUCCGCCGGUGAAGGCUGAAGGCAGCUACCUUAGAGAUGCCGGGGUCCGCAGCGAAGGGCUCGGAGUUGUCAGAGAGGAUCGAGAGCUUCGUGGAGACCCUGAAGCGGGGUGGUGGGCCGCGCAGCUCCGAGGAAAUGGCUCGGGAGACCCUGGGGCUGCUACGCCAGAUCAUUACGGACCACCGCUGGAGCAACGCGGGGGAGCUGAUGGAGCUGAUCCGCAGAGAGGGCAGGAGGAUGACGGCCGCUCAGCCCUCCGAGACCACCGUGGGCAACAUGGUGCGGAGAGUGCUCAAGAUUAUCCGGGAGGAGUAUGGCAGACUCCAUGGACGCAGCGACGAGAGUGAUCAGCAGGAGUCCCUGCACAAACUGUUGACAUCCGGAGGCCUGAACGAGGAUUUCAGCUUCCAUUAUGCCCAACUCCAGUCCAACAUCAUUGAGGCGAUUAAUGAGCUGCUAGUGGAGCUGGAAGGGACAACGGAGAACAUUGCAGCCCAGGCUCUGGAGCACAUUCACUCCAAUGAGGUGAUCAUGACCAUUGGCUUCUCCCGAACAGUAGAGGCCUUCCUCAAAGAGGCUGCCCGAAAGAGGAAAUUCCAUGUCAUUGUAGCAGAGUGUGCUCCUUUCUGCCAGGGUCAUGAAAUGGCUGUGAAUUUGUCCAAAGCAGGUAUUGAGACAACUGUCAUGACUGAUGCUGCCAUUUUUGCCGUUAUGUCAAGAGUCAACAAGGUAAUCAUUGGCACGAAGACCAUCCUGGCCAAUGGUGCCCUGAGAGCUGUGACAGGAACUCACACUCUGGCACUGGCAGCAAAACACCAUUCCACCCCACUCAUCGUCUGCGCACCUAUGUUCAAACUUUCCCCACAGUUCCCCAAUGAAGAAGACUCAUUUCAUAAGUUUGUGGCUCCUGAAGAAGUCCUGCCAUUCACAGAAGGGGACAUUCUGGAGAAGGUCAGCGUGCAUUGCCCUGUGUUUGACUACGUUCCACCAGAGCUCAUUACCCUCUUUAUCUCCAACAUUGGUGGGAAUGCACCUUCCUACAUCUACCGCCUGAUGAGUGAACUCUACCAUCCUGAUGAUCAUGUUUUAUGACCGACCACACUUGUCCUAAGCAGAGAUUGUUUAGGCAGAUACAGAAUGAAGAGGAGACUUGAGUGCUGCUGCUGAAACAUAUCCUUGCAAUGUGGGACUGCACAGGAGUAUACCUAAAAAAAAUCCUUGAUACUGUUGCCUGCCUUUUUAGUCACCCUGUAUCAAGGGCACACAUCCAGGACUGUGUCUUGCCUUUCAGAUCUUAACAGAGCAGUGGAGCUUAAUCUGUUGAUUUUGGAGCCUCUUAGUGACCUGGUUGCGUCUGUGUCAGGAACUUAAACUUUCUGGUUCAGUAGUGUGUUAAACAUAACACUGAAUACCUUGCUGGGAUACAGAUUUUUGCUCAGAAAUGGCUACGACACUUCUUCUAGGCUCUGCCAAUAAAAGCCACUUGAAGGUUCCAUAGUUGGUUUAUUGAUUGUCCUACUCUGACAGAACUGCUUGAAACAGCAGCAGCAGAGCCUUUUUUGUGUUUGCAUAGAGGCCUGUAGUUAGUGGGAAAAGUGUACAACAUGGAAGUAGUGGCCAGAUACAGUGGCUCCCAUUUGUAAUCCUGGCACUUUGGGAGGGUAAGGUGGGAAGAUUGUUUGAGGCCUGGAGUUUGAGAUUAGCCUGGCAACAUAGCAAGAUCCUGUCUCUACAAAAAAAAUUUUUUUUUAAAUUAGCCAGACAUGGUGGCACAUACCUGUGGCCUUGCUAUUCUGGAGGCUGAGGUGGGAGGAUCACUUGAGCCCAUGAGUUCAAGGCUUCAUUGAGCUAUGAUUGUACCACUGCACUCCCGGGAUGAUAAGCAAGACCCUGUCUCUAAAUAAAAUUAAAAAACAGAAGUACAAAUGAAAGUAUAGUUUCUUUUACAAUUCACUGCUCAUGGCCCCAGACAGCUUGUUAAUAGGCUAAAACGGUAGUUCCAAAACCUCUCUGAUCAUCAGAAUCACCUGAGUCAUUCCGGUCACUCACUCACACAGUCUUGGGUUUCAUCUUCGACCUACUGCAUCUGAUCUCUGGGUUACCACCUGGGAAUCUGUUUAAAGCUUCCCAGAAAAGGAUAGUCUCAUGCAGUGUUUAUAGGACUAUAAAUUGGUACAACCUUUUAGAGGGCAAUUUGGAAGCUGUAUUUCUAUAAUUAUUUGUAUAAGCACAAAGAUUUAUACAGUAGUUGUAAUGUCAUAGCCUAAGUGUCCAGCUACAGGAGACACGUUGAGUAAGGAUUGACAGUUACACUGCGGAACAUUAUACAUGGCAAUAGAAAUUUCAGAAGGAUGGCUGGAGGGGCAGUGUCUGGAUUGAAGACAUCUGGGCUGGUUCACUGUAUUUAAUGUGAAUUUGUUACCAAUAUUUAAAAAUCUGGAGAUUGCACAUUUCAAAAAUUCAGAUUUCUUGCUCUUCUUGAAAACUCGAAUUUGGCAACUCUGGGCCAACAUUUCCAAAUGGCAGUAGUUAGUUUGCGGUUGGGUAAUGUCUGAUGCAAUUAGAUGAAACAUCUCCAGUUUUCUGCAGUUCCUACUGGAUCCAUUUAACUCAUUUAUGUUAUCUGCCUAACCCCUGUAGGCAUCUGAGUUGUGAUCCUGGUGUUAAUAGGACAGAUUUGCAAGGAAGUCCAUGUGAUACUCUGGUAGUUAAAAACAAGCUGGGAAAAACAAAAAGCUGCAGAGUAAUGUGCAUAAUACGGACUCAUUUCAUUAAAACAACAACACUGGCCGGGCGCAGCGGCUCACGCCUAUAAUCCGAGCACUUUGGGAGGCCAAGGAGGGCAGAUCACUUGAGGUCAGGAGUUUGAGACCAGCCUGGUCAAAAUGGCGAAACUAAAAUAAUAUAAUAAAAAUAAAAUUUUUAGUCUCCACUAAAAAUACAAAAGUUAGCCAGGUGUGGUUGCGGGUACCUGUAGUCCCAGCUACUCCGGAGUCUGAACUGGGGAAGUGGAUGCUGCAGUGAGCAGUGCCAUUGGGCCACUGCACUUUAGCUUGGGCAAGCGUGGGUGAGACUCUGUCUGACAAAAACAAAACAAAAUUAUAUGUACACGUAUAGGGAAACAGUAUAGAAGUAAAAUACCAAGCACGGCAAGCAGAGGGACAUCCUCUCAUUUUGUUGACAUGUUUAUGCUUACAUACUGUUUCCGGUUUUUAACCUAAAAAGUCUCCCAGGUGAUCCAGAUUUUCUGCCAUGUUUAGGAACUUGUGGUCCAAAGCAGGGCCUCUUGUGCAGUGUCUGUGUGGGUGGAGGGAGCACUGAGAAUCUGCAUGUUUAACAAAUAAGCACCCUGUGGGCUUUGAACAGGUGAUUUGAAACCACAUUUUGGUGAACACUGGGCAGAGGUAGGUUCUGAGGGAAAGGCCUCUAUUCUUUGAUACCUCUUUGAGAGAGAUCUUUGCCUUAGGUCUUCCAGAGAGGGAAAAAAGUAAGACCUCAGAAAGUCAGUAUUUUACACUGACCUAGAAACUGUAUGACUCAGAAGAGCCUGACUCACUCAGGCUCAGUCUUUCUAUUAUUUCUUAAAGCAUCUAAGACCCCACACUUUCUCAGUGAAGUGGCUUGUAGCUACCAAUUACGAGCAAUUGUCUCCUCCAAAGGCACCAAUUCUAACAGCAAUUCACUUGGGUACAAUUGUGUGGUUUGGAGUAAGAGCAGCAGUGAGGCAAGGAACUUAAAUCUGUUCCUGGCUCCAAAAAUGCUUUAUGAUACUUGUCCUUUGUCCAUCUUAGUCUCUGUGUCUAAAAUUAGCACCAACAUCCUUCCCAGGCAUGACUGAGAUGGAUGAAGGUUAUAAGGGUAGAAGCUCUCUUUCUGAUCAGCUCUUACAGUGCUAAGAACAGAACUGCAGGAAUGCAUACUUUUUAGAAUCUUUAUGCCCCCAAUUAAGUAAACCCUAUUGAGGCUCAUCUUCCUAUUUCCCCUCUCUUCGUUUCCCUAUUUGAGGAGGGGUAAGUAUCAGAAAGAGAGAACCUGAACUGAACAGGAGGAAACAGAAGUUCCACAUCAACUCACUACCUGUCAGCAUUGGUAUCAGGGGUGCCCACCUCCCACUCCUGCCUUGCUGGCAGAACCAAGAAACAACAAAAAAAAAAA